AUGGCCGACUGCUCGUACGCCCGGUGUGUGCAGGAGCGCCGCUACAUAAGACGCGAGCUGCUGAAGUGGACCAAAAACAUGGUGUACAUCGUCGGACUAGAACGUGUCGCUGAAGAAUUGAUGGGACGAAGGAAAUGGAAACACUAUCAGGACGUCCUAACGCGACAACAGUUGAACCUGCUGGACACCAGCACCACAAACUCAACGACCGAGGACGAGCUGAUGCUGAGCGGUGUUGGCGGAGGCCCGGCCACGACGGCGGCGGCGGCGGCGGCGGCAGCAGCCGCUGCACAGCUGAUGAGUUCCACAGGCCCGACGACGGCCGCCGCAGCCCUCUCGCUCACCGGUGGCGGUGGAGGCGCCGUCGGAGGCGGUGGCGGUCCGGUCCUGAUCGACCAGAAAUCCAUCGUGGCGGCCGCCAACGCAGCCGCUGCCGUGCUCACCACUCCCGCUGCGGCCCAGGCUGCUUCCAGUACGAACGCAGCCAUGGCCAUAGUUCGCAACGGACACUGUCCACAACGGGACGUCGACGGUGUCGACCCAAAGCUAGCGGCCAGUCCCUGUAGUUCACCUUCCAACACGAACGCCUCCUCCCUGGCGCACCCAAUGACCGCGACCGAGAAACUCCGCUGCGACGCGACCAGCGAUAGCACUUCCCGAGCCACCAGCCCGCCGGUGACGGUGAACUGUCACGGCAACGAUAAUGGACCCGGCAGGACGACCGCGGUCCCGCCACUAACUGCGUCCCCGACGAACGCUCGACCCAAGUCCACCGGGACCGGUGGCGAGGAACAGCCAAUGGUCACGAUAAGACAGUGUCCCACUCCCCCGGACGCUAGCUGCCAGCCGGCGGGGAGUCCGCGACCGGAUCGGGAAGCUUCUGCGGCCACCGCCCUAGACAAGACGGCCGUCGUCAAGCAGGAACCAAUAGAAAACGCCGAUCCAAAGGCCGCGCUCGUGAAGCCGGAAACGGGUGGCGGGGCCACCCCGCUCAAGCUGAACAUCGUACCGAAGGUUCCGACGGGUGACGGUGCCCACAACAACAAUACCAUUAGCAGUAACAACAACAACACGAUAGCAUCGCAUCGCAGCAACGGCUCGGGCGACGGGGCGACGACGGCGACGACGGCACCGACCACCACGAGCUCGUCGCCGGUCAACGACCCGCCGGCCACUCCGAUCGACUGGAAGCCGCAGGACAAGUGUUACUUCUGCGUCGACGGCAAGCUGCUGACGGUGAACGAGGCGGGCGAGCUGGUCCCAGAAUCCGGCGGUGGCGGUAUCGGCGGUGGCCCUCCUCCCAUCCCGACCGAUGACGUCACCGAGAGGCUGAACCGAAGGGCUGCCGCCGCGGCCCUGGUCGAGUCGGACAGUGACACGAGCGAGAGCAGCGAACCGGAGCUACUGGCCAACCUGCUGAGCGGUGCCGCCCUCGGUGUGCCCGGUGCGUCCGGUGGACUGUCGGCCAAAACGGUGGCCGCCCUGUUGCGCGAGGCGGGCGCCUCCCAGAGCCUCUCCUCGCUGCAGUCGUUCGCGGCGCAGUUCAACGCGGCCACCUCCCUGCCAAAUCUUGCCCAGCUUUACACGCCCCUGUGGUACUCGCAGCUGCAGCAGCAACUGUCGCCGACCACCGUCGACACCGGCGCGUCCGGAAGUGUCCGGAGCUUGUCCGCCAUCAGCCCGACGACCGCCGCCAAGAUGGUGGCCGAGCUGGGGGCGGCCGGCGGCGGAGGGACCGGUGAGCAGCCGCUCGAUCUCAGCGCCAAGCCCGGCACCUCCGGCAUGAGCUCGCUGCUCAGCAGCAUGAUGGACCCGAAGCACAUCUACAAGGCGAAACCACGCCUGUCGCCGAUCGGUGGCCGCAAGACGUACACGGAGGACGGUCUGCAGAACGCGCUCCAGGACAUCCUGAGCGGUCGGCUCGGGACACGGCGGGCCGCGGUGCAGUACGGCAUCCCGCGCUCGACGCUCCGCAACAAGGUCUACAAGCUGGCGCUCGGCUACAAGCGGGGCGGCGGCUCGCUGCUCGAGGACGACGACGACAAGGACUCGCAGGACGAGGGCGAAAGCGCCGGGAGCGCCGACCUGCUGGACAAGCUGCCGCAGGCCGUGCUGGCGGACAUGUUUCUCAAGAUGUACGGCGGGGCCGCGCCCGUCCCGCGGCUCCACGAGCCCAGCCCGACCCCGUCCACGCCGCCCACGCAGCGGGGCACCCCGGAGCUGGGCGGGCCGUCGCUGGAGGCGCUCGCGUCCCUGAAGCACCCACACGCACUGCCCGGCCGCCCACAGGCCCCCGUCAGCGUCGGGCCGGCUCAGGCUCCGGCGGCCCCCUCGCCGCUGGCCGCUGCCGCCGAUUCCACGCUGCUCGACCCGGGGCUCCUGUUGCAGGUCCAGCGGAUGCUGCAGGUGACGGCGACGGCGCAGACGCAAGUGUCGGGCGAAACGCAGCAGGUCCUUGCGGAGCUGCCCGAUCUGUUGCGCAAGCUGAUCGAGCAGCAACAGCAGCUCGCGGACCAGAUCAAGAAGGUGAGCGGGGUGGGGGCCCACGGCCCCUCGCCCGGGCCCUCCCCGCCGAUCGUGGCCCCCGCGGCCUCGUCGACGCCACUGCCGCCCGCCGCCCUGAGUAACCGAUCGCCGCUCGACGGCACGCUGGCCAUGGCGCGGUCCCCGUCCCUGAGCGCGGCCCUGAACGGAGCCCCCGCCGCCCACCACCCGCACCCGCAUCCGGGUGUCGUCGACCCCUGCUACCUGCCGUUCCUGCAGCAGCUGCAGCAGGGCACCAGCCGCAAGCUGCGCACCCUCUCGGGCGGGACACCCGACCCCCCCACCGCCGCCACCACCGCGGCCACCACCACCCCGACCAGCACCACCACCGGGCCCGCCUCGCUGGCGUCGUCGAUCGACCUGAACGACGGCUCGGGCGACGACCCGCAGUCCGUGAUCCUGAAGAUUCCGUCCUACGGUCGUGCCGGCGCCCCGCACCCUCCUCCACCAACGGUCCCUGGCGCCGCUGCCGCUCCCCUACCGGGUACCUCUCCCCCCGGGACGAAGAACGGAGAGCACCACCACCACCACCACCUGACCAGCCCGUCGCCACCGACGGCGGCGGCCGCCGCCGUCCUCAGCAGCCUCGUCGGCGUGGCGGCGACUCCGUCACCCCGCAACCUGCACCUACACCCCGCCACCAGCCCGCAGGCGCCUGCGGCCGUGGGGACGCCCCCUUCGGGUGCCUCCGGCCCGCCCUCAUCGCUCGCCUCGUCCCUCGCCGCCACCACCACCACCAAUGCCACCAGCAACAAGUCGAUGCUCUCCGUGCACGAGGUCAUCGCCCGGAGCAUCAGCAAAAACUUCCAGCAACACCAGCAACAGCAACAGCAACAGCAGCAACAACAGCAACAGCAACAACAUCAACAGCAGCAAAUGGCCGAGGGCCUCCUGAAGCAGCAGAUGGAGGCGAUACAGAAGCGGCCGAGCAUUUCGGUGAUCAAGACGCUCGGGGACAUCUCGCACUUCGGGAGCGGCGGGAAUGCGGCGGUCGCGGCCGCGGCCGCUGCCGCCGCAGCCGCCGCAGCCGCCGGCCUCGGGUCGGUGGGUGGCGCAGCGCAACUGGCGGCCGCUGCAGCAGCCGCCGCAGCCGCCAACAACGGGAACGGCAAUGGGAACGGCAACAACACCGGAACGGGGGGUAAGGGUACGAGGCCGAAGCGGGGCAAGUACCGGAACUACGACCGCGACAGCCUGGUGGAGGCGGUGAAGGCGGUGCAGCGGGGCGAGAUGUCCGUGCACCGGGCGGGCAGCUACUACGGCGUCCCGCACUCGACCCUCGAGUACAAGGUGAAGGAGCGGCACCUGAUGCGGCCCCGCAAGCGCGAACCGAAACCGCAGCCCGGGUUGGACGACCACCACCCGGCCAGUCACCAUCCGGCCCACCACCCCCCCAGCCACCACCGGCUGGGAGGGAGUGGCGGCGGCGGAUCUUCGAAGGCAGCCGCCGACGGCACCGGUGGCGGUUCCGGGCUGCGGGGUCUCGACAAGGCCAAGGGCGGUGCCCUCGGCCUGAAGGGGGUGCCCGCCACCAAGAACCACCUCCAGCAGCAGCAGCAGUCUGGGGGUCCGCGAGAGGGCGGCCAGUUUGCGGGCGGCUCACCGAACGGGGGCCUCAAGAUGCCGCAGAUGUUCGAUCCUGCCCAGCUCCCCGCGUACGCCAGCGCGUCCAGCUUCUUCUGGCCGCACGCGGCCGCCGCAGCCGCCGCCGGCUUUGGCGCGCUGCCCGACUUUGGGCGCGCCGCCGCCGCCGCCGGCGGCCAACCGGGCCCGGGAGCCGAAGCGGCCGCCGCGGGUCUCUUUGCGUCGCCGACGUCGCUGAUGCAGCGGUUCCAGCAGGAGGUGGGGGGCAACCCGACCCUGUCCCCGGACGGGGCGGGCCGCCCGCACCUGGCGGCCGGGAAGUCCUCGGGCGGCGCCCUCCCGAAGGGCAGCAGCGUCCGGGAGAUGGCGGAGCAGCUGUACGAUGGGAGCAACACGAACGGCGGCUCCUUCCUGGACGACAUCAUCCGCCACAGCCUGGACAAGAAGCCGAGCGAUGUGGGGCACCACCACCACCAUGGGGCCCUCUUCGACCAGCUGCUGAAGGGCGCGGCGAACCUGAGGUCCUCGGGCGGCGGCGGCGAUGACUCGUCGUCGGUCGUAAGGGGCUCGAAGCGGGCCAGUUCCCCCUUCCACCCGGACGCGGCCCUCGUCAAGCGCGAGCGGGCCAGCCCGGGCGCCUCGUCCACCUCGUCCACCGGCAGCAGCAGCAAGCCGGGCUCGUUGGCCCUCAGCAACCCCGACCUGCACCACCUCCCGACGGCGGCGGCGGCGGCGGCCGGCGUCGCCGCCGCCAGCACGCCCGAGCAGCUGCUCCUGGCCAAGAACGUCGAGAGCCUGAUGAAGCUGCGCGAGAACCUCUCGUCGAUGUCCGUGGCGCACCUUCAGCAGCAGCGGACCGCGAUGGAGGAACUCAACGGCGGCGGUGGCGGCGGUGCCAACUCGGACGGUGGCGAUUCGGAGCCGGAAACGAGGCACUCACUGCAUCAGCCCCAUCACCACAGCCUGCGACACAGUCUCAGCUUCAGCCAGCAUCACCACCACCACCAACAUAGCGCCUACGGUUAA